CUCGUGGGAGGUCUGGCUCUGUCCCUCGCAGGCGCCUUUCUCCUCUUCCUCAACACCGCCCUCUUUGCCAUCUUCUAUUCCAUCGGCGUCGUCCUUUCCCUCGUGGGCACUGGAUUCCUGAUUGGAUUCAUGAAACAAUUCAGACAGAUGUUCAACCCAGUGAGAGUGGUGGCCACCAUUGUACUCCUGGUCAGCUUCGUUCUGGUUUGGGUCGCGGCAUUUGCAGUGGAUAGCGCACCAAUGGCAAUCGUCUUUGUCGUCGUACUAUAUCUGGCAUACAUCUGGUACAGUCUGUCAUACAUCCCAUACGCGAGAGAAUUUGUCAAGAACAUGUUCUCGAAAUUCUUCUAG